AUGGAGCCGCAAGCAAAUAAAUAUUUGAGACAAAAAGAAUGGAGUAAGGCCCUUGUCGUGUUUACCGAAAUUUUGAAAAAUACAGAACUUACGGAAUUUGACAAAAUUAGAUACACGUUAGAUCAUGCGGAAUGUCUGUUUCAAAUGAAAAAUUAUAGGAUGGUCGUGGAAAGUUGUAAAAAUAUUAUUCAUACAUCAGUUGACAAAAUUGGCGGAUAUCAGGCUAGAAAAAAGCUAUUGCACGCAUUAUUUUUAAUGAAAAGAUAUUCAGAGGCUGAAUUGAUUGCAAAAGACUGGUUAAUUCAGGUCCAUCAGUAUGAGGAGCACUUCAGUUUGAAAUGCACGCUUGAGGAAAUAAUCGUCGUGCUGAAUUUUCCCGCAAAACACAAAAAUACUGAGGAACUGUUUGAUAGUUUGCAAUCAAAGUUGGAUGAAAUCAUGCGAUCUCAUAAGUCAAUUAUCAAAUCAUUACCAAAGAUCGACAAACCUCCCGUCUCCUACAACUGCAUCUACUGCAACGUGCUGUUCAACGACAAGGCGGAGCUGCGCGCGCACUGCCAAACGGAGACGCACGAGACGCUGGUGAUGUCGGACGAGGGCCGCGACUGGCGCUGGCGGCCGCCGCCGCGCGGCUUCAAGAGCGACAACUACGCCCUGUGCCACAAUUGGCGCGACGCGCAGUCGUGCCGCUACGGCGGCCAGUGCGUCGAGGCGCACGGCGUCGACGAGCUCAAGGAGUGGAAGCAGAGGUUCAAGUACAGGGAGAUGAAGCUGCUGAGAGCCAAGGAGAAGGAAAUGUUCGGCUCCUACACUGAAGAAUUUCUGGAACGACUAAUAAAAUCGGUAAACCCUGGUUCGAUAAUGAAAGAAACAAUAGAAGAAGUGGAAUUUUCGUCGACCACACCGCUUACAUCCACCGUUCUUUCGAAGAACAGCCAGCACGAGUGGACGCUGUUCAUAAACACGAAACGGCCCCUAAAGGCGGUCGCUCUCCUGCAAGACACGUAUCGCAACCAUUUUCACCUUUCGGGCAUAACGAUAAAAACCGCCGAGAUCGACAUCAAAAACGACCAAGAGUGGAUAUCGCCGCUCCAAAUGACCGAGGAGUACAAGUUCAGCAUCGACUACAAAGUUCGGGUGGUUUUUAAAACGGACAUUUUCGGAACUUUUCGGCAGUCGAUCGUGUUCGAUUUCUACACCGAGCCCGUCUUGGUCAAGCAUUUGUGCGUGGACGUGGUGCCCGACUCGGAGAUCGACAAAAUCAACGAAAUACGCAGGGAAAUAACGGUGUCCAUGUCGGAGAGGUGGACGCCGGAAAACUGCGACAUAUUCCGCUUCAACUCGAAGAUAAUCGAGUCAGGGAGCAGCGAGGAGUGGGAGGAGGGCUUGAAAGCCGUCUACCCCGUGCCGGAAACCGGGAAGUUCACCCUGUCAGCGUGCACGGUGUCCGAGAAAAAGUUCACGAAAAACAACUACCGCAACCGGAUGCACGAGCUGCUGUUCGUCGAAGAAAUGGCUCGCUACGACUUGCUGGCUCACUACAACUUGACGACGAAGCUGCAGAUCACGCACAGCUACAUCCUGUCGCCGAACAGCACCGCUUCGAGUACCGCGAAGUACUCCAGCGACGGCGAGUUGUUCGCCUCUUUGCCGCUAGGGAAGUUGCUGUCGGAGGAUUCGUCUGAGGGUCGGCUCAUUUUGAUGAACUGCAACAUGGUGUAUCUGUGCCCGGUCAGAGCCGAACCGACAGGCAAAAGACAGAUUUACGAGGCCUGGAUCGAAGACAAAGGCAAAACGACUAUAUACCUACGCCUCCCAGCUGAAAUGGUUCGAAAACUAAACAUAACCACCGACUAUGAUUUCGAAGCGCACAUCCAGUUCCAGUUGAACCGCGUCCCCUACUGCAUAUGGCAUUACGUCCUCGACAAAAUGAGCAACUUUCGCAGCAUAUUUCCGGAAACGUUCGUCGAACCGACCAUACCGUGGUCGCCGUCGAGGCAGUGGUCCAAAGACCUCGAUGCGCGACUCAACUUGAAGCAGAAGGAGGCCAUCGUGGCCAUCACCACACCUUUGGACGUGGUUCUGCCGCCGAUUUUGGUGAUCGGCCCGUUCGGUACCGGGAAGACUUUCACGUUGGCGCAAGCGAUUAAGGAGCUGAUCAGGGAGCCGGGCAACAGAGUUUUGCUUUGCACGCAUUCGAACAGCGCCGCGGAUUUGUACAUCAAGGAUUAUUUGCAUCCUUUGGUGGAGAAGGGGGACGAGAACGCUAGACCGUUGAGGAUCUAUUAUAGGAGACGUUGGGUGACCACUGUGAAUCCUAUUGUACAAAAGUACUGCACCAUAAAGCUUGUAAACGGGGCUCGAAGUUUUCAAGUGCCAACGCUGGACGAAGUGACGCGUCACAAAAUAGUGGUCGUAACCCUGCAGACGUCGAUUUACUUGUCCGCCAUGGGCGUGCAGCAGGGCCACUUCACCCACAUCCUGGUCGACGAAGCGGCGCAAGCGGCCGAAUGCGAGACCAUCAUGCCGCUGGCGCUGGCCAACGACCACAGCCGCAUCGUCUUAGCCGGCGACCACAUGCAGCUGGGCCCCGACAUUUACUCCACCUUCGCGAAGAACCGCAUGUUCCACUUGUCCCUGCUCGAGCGGCUCUACGAACACUAUCCCAACGGGUUCCCUUGCAAGAUACUGCUGUGCGAGAACUACAGGGCGCACGAGGACAUAAUACAGUUCGCCUCCGAGUCCUUCUACGAUCAAAAGUUGGUUUCGAGCAGUAAGCAGCCGAAACACGCCGCGUAUUAUCCGUUGACGUUCUUCACGACGCGCGGCGAGGACGUGCAAGACAAUAAUUCCACCGCCUACUACAACGUUUCGGAGGUGUACGAGGUGGUGGAGAGGAUCGCGGAGCUGGUGCGCACCUGGCCCACCGACUGGGGCGAUUUUUCGGACCAAUCCAUAGGCGUCGUCACGCCGUACGGCGAUCAGGUGUACAGGAUCAGGUCGGAGCUGCGCAAGCGCAGAAUCGACAACAUCUGCGUCGAGAGGGUCACGAACGUGCAGGGUAAGCAGUUCAGAGCCAUAAUAUUGUCGACGGUUAGGACGCGACUGACGUGCAGAAACGACUCCAUAGAUUGGGAGUACGGGUUUUUGUCGAACACGAAGUUAUUGAAUACCGCCGUAACGAGAGCGCAGAGCUUGGUGGCGGUCGUAGGCGACCCCAUAGCGCUGUGUUCCGUGGGUAGAUGCAGCAAAAUUUGGGAGAAAUUCAUACACACUUGCAAUCUCAAUAACAGUUUAUUCGGGAUUACAUGGAAGACCUUAAAAUUCCAACUAGACGGCAUAGAGUUAAAAAAGAUAUAUUCCUUAAAUCCUUUAGCGCCGGAAUUUUAUCCGAAAUCGUACAACGGCCCCAAAACGGACCCUAGUAAAGUAUUACUUCAAAGUAUUCCCAAGAUCAUACCAACAGGCCCGGCCGCGUUCCCGUUCGGAUUCAUUCCGCCCAUGCUAAUUCCCCCGAAUAUCCCGAGAUUUCCAAUGUUCUACAAUCUACGCCCCCCCACACCGUGCAAUCAAAUUUUACCCGCCCCCAUGACAAGCGCAUUCAAUCCCGGUUUAAGAAUACUACCGAACGAAAUCCGACCAAUAUUACCGCAAAUCCCCAUGUUGCCGAAGCCACCGCAAACAUUCCCGGUACCGCAGACCUCGCCGCCUUUUUACAUGAACAACAACCCUCCCCCCAUACUACCGCAACCCCCGCCGCAGUUCCACUCGAACAACAAACUCAUACAAUUCAUGAGCAACGUGCAUUUUCCCGAGGUUCCGGUCGGACUGAACGAUUGCAUCAACCUGCUCCCGCAAAGCAUGUCUUUGGCGGACAUGCUGCUGCAACCGCCCCACCUCCAAGAACAGUGGUACCAAUACCUGCGCGAAACGUCUGGCAUCGAAGCCGCGGAAAAGUUCAAAUACCUUCUCCACACCACCAAUCAAAAGGGGUCCAGGAUCCCGGACAACAACAUUUUCGGCAGGUCAACCCCGCAAAAUUGCGAGUCGCCCACUUUUAGCUGGUACGACAGUCCCAACAACCAACUCAACUUCAACAAACCCGUUUACAUGAGAGAUAACGUGCCGCCUGCCGAGGCGCAUCAUUCUGUACUUCCCCCGCCCGCCCCGCAGCAACUUCAGUCGCAAUCUCAUCAACCGCCGCCACCUCAUGUUAACGGUAAUAGUAACAAUGUCGCCCACAACGGGGCGAUGCCGGAAGGUUCUUCAUUCAUGUUUCACGUUCGACGCCAGGAAGGCGACAUUCAACGUUUGAUUAACGAGGAGUUCGCCAAUUUAAGAAUAGAUAACGAUGUUUCGUCUGAUGUUGCGUAUAAUAAUCCGUUUACGUGUAGCCAGCAAGAUUCCACUUCUCAUCCCAGAUUCUGGAAGUAUUUUAACUAAAUAUUUAUCAGCAUUGCCAACUUUUUUUCUCAAGAUAUCCCUAGGGUUAUGAGAAUUUGUCCCUAGUUUUACAGAUUUUUUCCUAAGA